CCUGGUCGUCGUCCUCCCUCUUCGGCUGGGUGUCUCUGUCUCUGUUAGAAUAAAGGAGUCUCAUAAUCGACGGACCAAAACGCAUCAAUGCCCGCCCAGAAGCGGCCGUUUCUGGAGAAUCUCGACGAUGAAGAGUCCAGCCUCCAUCACCAAAGCCACACCAAGCAAUCUCGGAACGAAGAUGGCCAACACGAAGCUCAAGGCGACACGACCCAAGUGGAAGAACAACACCCCGAGCCGGAGCAAGAAAAGCAGCACCAGAAACAAGACCCCGAUGACCAGAACCACCAAACUCAACAACUCCAAACCGACGACGAAGAUGAAGACGACGAUGAUGAAGAAGACGACGAAGAUGAUUCUGAUGGGAGACAAUCUUCUACUUCUCAAGAGAAACCCGAAUUUGUGUUCGUAGAGCUACCAGAAAUUCGUAAAGAUGUUCAAUGUCCAAUUUGUUUAGGAAUCAUAAAGAAAACAAGAACUGUAAUGGAAUGCCUACACCGUUUUUGCAGAGAAUGCAUUGACAAAUCAAUGCGACUGGGGAACAAUGAGUGUCCUGCUUGCCGUACGCAUUGUGCUAGUCGACGUUCUUUAAGAGAUGAUCCAAACUAUGAUGCCUUAAUUGCAGCUCUAUAUCAAGAUAUUGAUAAGUAUGAAGAAGAGGAAUUGGCUUUUCAUGAAGAGGAACGAACUCGCAAUAAGCAGAUUCAAGCAUCAAUUGCUCAAAUUUUUCAGAGACAAUCAGAAGCACUCGUUAAGCGACGUAGUCUUGGUAAAGAAAGCAGCACAGGUGGCUUUAUGACUAGAUCACAACGCCAUCAUCGUAGUAGUCAUCCUCGUAGGCGAAGGAACUCUCGAGGAGCUGAGCAUCAAGGAUCCGAAGACAACGAAGAUGAAAAUGAUGAUAAUGAAGGUAAAAAGUCAUCCGCAGACGAGCGCUGUACUGAAGUGAGGCAGAGAAGGCGCAAAAGACGGACUGGAAUCCGGAUGUCCCUGCCUUCAUCAGUGGUAAAUUCAGAUGGUGGAUAUGUUGAAAAUGAUACAGAAGUGUUUAGAGACGGCAGAGGAAUUUCUCCUGGGCACCCUGAUAUGCUUGCUUGGGGAAGAGGUGGUGCUCGGAGUCACACUCGACAUGGAAAUAUGGCCAGUGGCAGUAGCAAGAGUUCACAUGCUCGCUUAAACAGAUUGGUAGAGCAUCUUAGGAGCUUGGAGGAAAAUGAUGAUGAGUUGGAUGUUCAUCUCCAGCUUAUUUCGGUGGAUGAACACAGUACAUCAAGUUUGCAGCAACCUUACCUUUGUUGUCGGCCCAGUCUGUCAGUUAAGCAGCUAUACGAAUACAUUGCUCUUCAGACGCCAUUGCGAGCUGAAGAAGUAGAAAUAUUAAUGGUAAAAGGACCAUACCAUACUGAUUACAACUGCGCCAACCUAUCGGACAAUGCAUUGCAAGUCUUGGAAGGUCAAGAAACUUUGGCAGGGCUUAAGGUCAAGUACAGUUCCAGAAUAAAUAAUUUGAUUCUAGCAUAUCGUCAGAGGCAAAGUAGCUAAGCAAAUUCUUUCGCAAUGUCGAAAACAAAGGUUCUGUUCUACAAGACGAGUGGUUGUUAACCGUUGAAAUAUGAUAAUCUAAAUUUGAGUUUUGUACGUGGUGGUUUGAUGAAACCAUUGUUUGCCUUGGCUUCUAAGUGACAAUUUAGGACAUUCGAGUCGGGAUCUUCGAGGAUGCUCGCAGGAACUCAAGCGUUCGCCUUUUACUUGGUGCUAGGACUGGAUGGAAAAUCGAAGAUAGAGAAAACUAGAAAAGUGGAAAGGUAUCAUCUUUUUGUUCUUCAAAAAAUCAUAUAUUUGCGUGUUUGU